AGAGGCGGGCUGCGCCGCGGACCGCUCGCCAGCCAAUCGCAGGGCACAUAGAAACAAACGCGCGUUCACACCUACGGGCAAUUGAAGUCUUCAAUCAAGUUUUUGGGAUGCGGGAGAAAACCCACGCAAGCAUACAAACUUCCCGCAGCUGAGGCUGGAUUUGAGCCCGGAACCGCAGAACUGUGAGGCGGACGUGCUAACCGGUCGGUCACCGGGCCGCCCUGCAUGUGUUUUGUCCAAUCGCAUUUUAGCGUGGCUGUGUCACUACGUCAACUGGAGUAUCAAUGGGCCUUUUUCUUCAAGCAGUCCCGUUUCCCGUUUCGGUCCUCGCGCCGGCAUCAUUUUGCCGUCGUCUGUCGUCUCGACUAGCGAAACAUGUCGGUCGCCGUCCGCGCACGUGAAUACUUUGAAUCAUCAGCAUCUCUGGCGACCGUCAUAUAUUUUGUCGUAAGCAUUUUUUUUUGGCCGCGGCCGCGCUUGCGUGGCUUUUCUCUGGGCGCUCCGGCUUGCUCCCGCAUAAAGAGCGUUUGUCACGUCGUGCGUGUGCAGGAGUUAGACGGUGUCGGUGUGUGAACUUUGACCCUCAGGUGUGUGCCUGUAGCGUCAGGUGAUGCUGGCGGUGCCGUAAACGGAUGCAAAGGUCUCGCUCGCACACAGUCAGUCACUUGAUGCUUCCAUCUUUGGCUCGUGUGUGCUGUCGGAGGAAAAGGUAGGAAUGUUUGCUUUUGCAGGUUGUGCUCCCGCUUGCGCUUGCAGUUUGACCUGCGCUACUUGUUGCUGAUUUUUCUCUUUGGUGUUUCACGUGUGAUUCAACUUGAAUUUCUUGAGCUUUUCCCGAAAGUUGGGCUUACUAUGUACAGUUCUAUUUGUGCUUCUAUUCGACAUUCAUUCUUGAGGUUCUUGUGGUUCUACACACAAGUAAUGUUUGAAUUGAGGUUACAGCUGUGGUUCUAGCUCAGGUUCUACUUGGAAAGUGUGUAAUGGUUGUGAAAGUGUGUGUGUCAGAGGUGAACAUGUAGAAUUUGCAAAUAAGACAAUGGUGGCAUUCCUCAAGGAAGUGUACUUGUCCCUUUUAUAGUCUCUCUUCUAUAAGAGAGACUAUAUAUAUAUAAAAUAUGGAAGACAAGACGGCAGGUCUUGUCGAGGUGUGCGUGAGGAAUGUUUACAGGCUCGUAAUGUCGGCGAAAGUGCGUGCUCAGCACCAAUCGGGUGACAGCGUGAGGUCAGCUGACAGCUCAAAGCACCUGACCGUCAUCGUCUGAUCACCGAUAUCAAGACGCUUGACGGCAAUAAUGCGGUUUAGGACCAGCGCCACCGAUCGGGAUGGAGGGCGACGAGGAUGGCGCCGGACGGGUCCGAGAACUUCAGCAGCAGAGGAUGACGGUCCAGAAGAAAACCUUCACCAAGUGGAUCAACAGCGUCUUUGCCAAGAACCAGGAGAAGGCAGAGCUGACGGACGUGUACACGGAGCUGAAGAGCGGCGUGGUUCUGAUCCGCUUGCUGGAGCUCAUCUCCGGCAAGACGCUGGCGCCGCCCAGCCGCCGCCGGCUCAGGGUCCACUUCCUGGAGAACAAUGGCAUCGCCAUCAACUUCCUGAGAAGCAAGGUGCGAGUGGACGCGAUCGGUCCCGAGAACGUGGUUGACGGGGACCGCACGCUGAUCCUGGGCCUGCUGUGGAUCAUCAUCCUCAGGUUCCAGAUAGGGAACAUCAACCUGGAAGAGGGCUCGGGUUCGAGCAGCGUCCGUGUGUCGGCGAGAGAAGCUUUGUUGAUUUGGUGUCAGAGGAAGACGUCCGGAUACGUCGGAGUUGAUGUCCAGGAUUUCUCCUGCAGCUGGAGAGACGGACUCGCAUUCAACGCACUCAUACACGCGCACAGGCCCGACCUGCUGGACUUCGCCGUUCUCCGCGGCGACGACCCCCGCGCGAACCUCCGGCAGGCCUUCGGCGUGGCCGAGCGCUCGCUGGGCAUCUUGCCGCUGCUGGAGGCGGACGACAUCGCCGUCCCGCGGCCCGACGAGAAGUCGGUCAUGACCUACGUUUCGCUUUUCUACCAUCACUUCUCCAGGGUCAAACACGAGCAGACCGGGCAGAAGAGGAUCGCCAAGAUUGUGGGCAUGCUGAUGGAUGUGGACACCAUGAAGGUCCAUUAUGACAAGAUGGUGUCCGAGCUUCUGCGCUGGAUCCACGCGACGGUGCUGCGCCUCAACGACAGAACUUUUCCCAACUCGGUGAAAGAGCUCCAGGUCCUGAUGGUGGGCUUCAAGACCUUCAGGAUGCAGGAGAAACCGCCCAAAUAUCAGGAACGUGGAGCCAUCGAAGCUCACUUGUUCAGUCUGAAGACUCAGCUGGCGGCCAGCAACCAGAAAGCCUACACACCACCUGAAGGCAAAACCCUCCGUGACAUCGAGAAAGGUUGGACUCUUCUGGAAAAAGCGGAACACAAGCGCGAAGGAGCCCUGCAAGAGGCGCUCCUGCGCUUAGAGAACCUGGAACAGCUGGCCCAGAAGUUCGGCAGAAAGGCCACCCUGAGGGCAGGCUACGUUGAGGACACGCUGCGCUUGAUCCGCCGCCAAGAUUUUGCCGGUCUGAACACCCUUGAGGAGGCUCAGGCGGCCACCAGGCGUCUGGAGGCGCUCGCCGCCGACGCUCAAGCCAGGGAGCCCCGCUUCGCCGCCCUGCGAGACAUGGCCGACGCCAUCCGGAGAGGAAACUACCACGGCAAGGAGCUCGUCAGCAGGAGGGAGGAGGAGAUCGGCAGCGCGUGGAAGGAUCUUCUGCAGCAGCUGCAGCAACAGAGGGGGCUGCUGGGAAAUGUAAUCUCCACUCUCAGUCUCCUCCGAGACAUCGACGUCAUCUCCCAGGAACUCAAAGACCUUCACGUCCAGGCAUCCUCCUCCGAGUUGGGCAAAGAGUUGACGGAGGCGCAGUCUCUCCUCCAGAAGCACCGCCUCCUGGAAGCGCAAAUUUCAGCCCACGGCGACACCAUCAGCAGCAUCAGCGCCUCGGCGCUCAAAGUUUGUUCUUCGUCAGACAAGAGCUCACGACGAUCCCAUCGUUUGACACUCAAACCUGCUUGCUGCCGUUACCUCUUCCAGGGAAACGUGACGGGCGGUCAUGAGAUUGAGAGCAGAGUGAGAGCUCUGCGUAGUCGGUACACGGCUUUGGUGUCGCACAGCAGCAGCAGGAGGCGCCGUCUGUCGGCCGUGUUGGUUCUCUUUCAGUUCUUCCACGACUGCGACGAGUUGAAGGCGUGGCUUCGCGAGCGCCAAAUGCAGCUGCAGGCCGCCGCGCUCGGACGCGACGUCGAUCACGUGACGAUGGCGCUGCACAAGCACAAGGCAUUGGAGGCGGAGCUUCACUCUCAGGAGUGCGCGUACGAUCGUGCGUUGCGCCAAGGUGAGAACAUCGCCGCCGAGCAGAGCCCAGACGAGCGGCGACUCGUCAACAGACGCAUCAAAACUUUGAGCAAACUCUGGGUGCGAGUCAACGCUGACGCCGGCGCGCGAAGGCAGAGACUGGACGCCGCCUCGGCCAUCAAACAAUACUUUGCAGACGUGGAGGAGACAAACUCGUGGCUGAGGGACAAGAAACCUCUGCUGAUGAGUGAGGAUUAUGGAAAGGACGAGUCCAGCUCGGCCAUUUUGCUCCAGCGCCACCUGCGCCUGGACAAACAAAUGACCGCCUACGGCGUGGAGAUGAAGAGGCUGUCAGAGCAGGCCAGGGAAGCCGCCCAGCUCACGGCGUUCACCGCGGAGCCUCAGCCGAGUCCCAUGGUCCAAUCCGGCGACUCAUCUGAUGAUGAGGAGGAACCAUCUAAGACUAAAAGUGGGACCGGUUCUGUGCACCAGGAAGUUAAGGCCAAGGUCUGGUUCAGAGGUGACUUUGCACUGGAUCGGAACGAGACGGUGACGGUCAUCAGGACCGACCCCGAUCACGACAAAGUUGUGGUCAAAGGCGCGCAAGGAAACCAGCGACGUGUUCCCAACACGUACCUGACACCUCUGCCAGCUCCGGAUCCUCCCACCCUACCAGCCUCCACCAAUGGCGUGGCUGACCCCCAGAACAGAAAGUUCAACUAUCCGAGGCAUCGCCGCUCGACCCGUCCCGGCACGGCUGAGAUCCAAAGCACAUGGGUGCCGGACCCUCAGUACCAGAGAGUCACAGUGGAGGCUACCCAGACCCAGCUGGACCAGGACUACACGUCCAUGUGCUGCCUCCUGCAGUCUAAGGUGAAAGUUCUGGAGGAGGCUCUGCUCCUGCAUCGUUUCCACGGCCGCUGCCAGGAGUUUGAGUGGUGGAUGGAGGACAAGGAGAAGGUCCUCGACACUUUCAGUGCACAUGCCAAAGACCUCCACGUUAUCCAGGCCAAAUAUGAGAACUUUGUGACCGAGCUGAUGAGUGGGCGUGGCCUGUUGGAUGACAUCAUCAAGGUGGCGGAGGAGAUGGGGAAGAACCGACACAGUAAACACAGAGACAUCCAGACACGCCUCAACAGCCUUUCCAGCAGGUGGGAGUGUCUCCAGGGGCAUAAGGACGAGAAGGCUCGCGAGCUGCUGAGCGCGGCCGAUGUGCGCUUUUUCCUCCAGCAAGUCCAGGACACCAGGACAGAGCUGCAGACCCAGAUGGAGCAGCUGGACUCCGUGAACCUGAACAUGGGGGGUGGCAGAGGUGGUCAGUUUGCACUGCGGGCUGACGAGCAGCAGCAAACGAGCACUCAGCGAGAUAUCAACACCCUGGAAGCCAAGAUCGCAUACCUGAGGGACCUCGCCAAGAUGAAGCAGGACUGCAGUCCAGCCGAGAGUGAGGCCAUCGCGGAGGAGGUGCGAGAUCUGGAGAUGCUCCUGAAGCAGGUGACGUGUCGAGCCGCGGAGCGCCAGCGCCACCUGGAGGAGGCCCGACGGCUUCACCGCUUCCAGCGGCAGGCCAGGGAGCUGCAGCGUUGGGCGGCGGCCACCCAGGAGGGUCUGCUGCGGGACGGCGCGACCGUCGACCUGCUGGAGGAGCACGAGGAGCUCUGGAUGGAGAUGGAGGAGCACAGGAGGAGACUGAAGGAGACUGAGAUGUUGGGCGAGUCUCUUCUGAGCUCUACGGACAGAAAGUUGGGCGCCGUCGAAGUCCAGCGGACGCUGGAUGACCUGAGAGCUGAUUGGUCCAAGCUGGAGCACCUGUGGACCAAUAGGAAGCAGCGCGUGGAGCAGCAGGUGACGCUGCAGAGACUCAACCAGGAGGGGGACCGCAUCGAGGCAGCGUUGGCCGGACACCAAGCCAGGCUCAGGCUACAAGAUGUCGGGGACUCGGUGGACGGCGUUCUCGGUCUCCUGGCUCGUCAGGAAGAUCUGGAAGUCGUGUUGAAGACUUUGGACCAACGCGUGGACCUUUUCUCCAAAAGCAGCCAACAACUCAUCAGCCAGCAACAUUACGCCACCGCACACAUCCAGCAGAGGAUCCGAAACCUCCACGAGGCCAACAGGAAGUUGAAGGAUAGUAGUGACGAGAGGCGGAGUCGACUGCUGGCCUCCAAGAAAUAUCAGGAGUUCCGCCGCGACGCCGACGAGCUUCUGCUGUGGAUGGACGACAAGUCCGAGAUGGUCGAGGACGCUUCGUGCCGCGAGCCCGCCAACAUCCUGUCCAAGCUCAAGCGGCACGAAGCGGCCGAGAGGGAGAUGCGGGCUCACCAGGCCUGGAUGGAGAGACUGGUUCAGCUGGGGCACGACAUGCUGGCCGAGGAGCACGUAGGUGGCGCUCACAUCGGCAGGAUGUCGUCUCAGCUCACCGGCCGCUGGAGGCGUCUUCGGGACAAGAUGGCCGACCGCGGAGACAAGCUGAGGCAGGCGGGGCAAGAGGAACAACUCAUGGACCUUCUCAGGGAUGCCAAAGUCAAGAUGGAAUCAAUCCAGUGGACGCUCAACAUCGCCCCCACAGACCACGACCGGCGCUCCAGCCGGCAGAUGCUCAAGGAGCACUAUCAGCUGGAGCAGGAUGCCAAGGAGCUGGCGGAGAAGAUCGGCGUCAUCGUGGGCAGGGCCAAGAAUCUGGGGUCCAGUCACUUCAACUCGCAGAGAAUCUUGCAGGAGACCGACACCUACCUGACCCUGUUCAAGUCCCUUCAGAAGCUGCUGGAGCGGCGGCGGGUGCAACUCAAGGCGCUGGUGCUGCUCUAUGAGUUCUACCACGAUGUGGAUCUAGAGCUUAGCUGGAUCUUGGAACACGUCCCCUCCUCGGUGUCCACGGGACACGACAAGUCUUUGGUUGGGGCCACUAGCCUCAUGCAGAAGCACAAGGAACUUCAGGCAGAAGUGAACGCCCAUUCGCAGCACCUCAACCACAUCCUUAAGAAGGGGCGGAGCUUGGCUAAUUCCAGCCAAUCACAUGCAGAAGAAGUUCUUCAAAGGUGCAGACACCUGAGUGAAGAAUGGGGAAAACUUGAGGCGGCGUGCAGCCGGCGAGCAGCUCACCUGAGCCAGGCCAUCACCAGAGCACAGUUACUGCGGGACUGUUCUGAGCUGGAGGUCCGGCUCACAGAGACUUUGGACCUUCUUAACAUGGAUGACCUGGGCAAGGAUUAUCUGGCCACACAGACUCUACUCAGCAAGCAGGAGGUCCUCCAGGGCCAGCUGGAGGUUCUGCAGGUGGAGGUGGAGGAAGUGGAGGACCAGGUAGAGCAGGCUCUCCUCAGCUGGGAUCUGCAGGAGCUGCGCAGACACGUGGGCCAUCUGCGCAGCCUGAAGCAGCAGCUACAGCAGCAUGCGGCACUCAGACUUCAAAAGUUGAGGGAAGUUCUCCACCUGCACGAGUUCACACGAGAGGCCACUGAGUUGGACGAGUGGAUGCAGCAGCAGAGGAAGACGGCGCAGACCCAGGAUCUGGGCACCGACUACCAGCAGGUUCAGAUGCUCCUGAGGAAGUUUGACGCAUUCCUGAAGCAGUUGGAGCUGGCCGAGGAGCGACUGGACAAGUGUGGCGACCUGGCGGCUCGACUCGUCGCCGGCAAACACCCGCGGAGCGCCGCCGUCAGGGAAGAGCUGCAGAAGCUGCGUGCGUGCUGGGAGGACCUGAGGGGCGUGGCCAACGAGCGUGAGAAGCAGCUACAGAAGGCCGAGCGAUGUCACCGACUUCAUCGGGACUUGAGUGACGCGAUGGCGCUCAUCCAGGAGCGCCAGAAGAGCAUCCCGGACGACGUGGCCAAGGAUUGGCGAGGAGUCAUGUCACAGCUCAGGAAGCACCAGGCUUUCCUCCAGGAACUCGCAGCUGCCGAACAGCAGCUUCAGGAGCAGUUGGAGACGGUGGACGCCAUCUUAGACCUCUGCUCGCCACAGUUGACGCUCCGCCUACAGGAAGUGCAACAGGACGUGGCGGAGUGCUGGGAGGAGCUACGGCUUCACGCCGAGGAGAGGGAGCUGGUGCUAACGCUAGCGUGCCAGCGCUACUUGUUCCUUAACACGGUCCAGGACUACCUGCUGUGGUGCGGUCAGAUGACCGGCGUCAUGGCGGCCAAGGAGCGCAUCAGCGACGUGGCCACGGCAGACCUCCAGAUGGCGCUGCACCAGCAGCUGUGGGCCGAGCUGAUGGCCCGGCAGGAAGUUUACCAUCAGGCCGUGGACAUGGGGGAGCAGCUACAGCAGCAGGACACCAGCAACCGGAACCAGGUGCUGCAGAAGCUGGAUGCCCUGCAGGCUGAGCGGGAGAAGCUCCAGGACCAGUGGAACCACAAGCAAAGUUGGCUGGAGAAGGUCCAUCUGGAGCAGAUCUUCUACAGAGACGUCAGCAGCAUGGACAAAACUUGCAGCUCGCACGAGGUGUUGUUGAAGAACAGCACUCUGGGAAAGACGGUGGACGAGACAGAAGCUCUAAUCAAACAUCACGAAGCUUUUGAGAAGUUGCUUACAUCUCAGGAGGACAAGGUGUCGUGCCUGAGGGACCUCGGCGCUCGCCUCAACAAGGCACUCAGCAGAGAGAAGAGCGGGCAGGCCCAAAGCCGGCUGAAAGCCCUCCUUCAGCGACGUGAUAAGAUUAAGGAGCUGUCCGUCAAGUGGAGGGAGGAGCUGGAUCUGUCCUGGCUGAUGUGUGUCUUCAAGAGAGAUGUCGCCGAGGCGGAGGAGUGGGUGAGUGAGCGCAUGCUCAAACUGUCCGAGGAUGCAAAAGCCGAUCUCAGCAACUUGCAGACCAAGAUGAAGCUCCUUCAGAAGCAUCAGGUGUUUGAGGCAGAGAUCAUGGCGCACGAACAGGUCAUCAGCGACGUGCAGCAGGCCGGCGAGAAACUGGUCUCCCUCCACCACCCAAAUUCCAAGGAGGCAAGGAGGAGCGCACAGGCUCUGGAACGCCACUGGGACCAGCUUAAGGCGGCCGUGGCCAAGCGAGGGAAAGUUCUGGAAGACAGCCGAGACUUCCUGGAGUUCCUGCAGAAGGUGGAGGAGGUGGAGGCCUGGAUCCGACACAAAGAAGUCAUGGUCAACCUGGGAGACGUGGGGAACGACUAUGAACACGGUCUUGAGCUUCUGAAGAAACUUGGCGAGUUCCGUGGAAAAGGAGGCGGGGUGGUGACAGUGGACAAUGCUCACAUUACGGCCAUGGACCGGCUGGCAGCUCGGCUGGAGAAGCGGCAGAACGCUGACGAGAUGCAGACCAUCAGACGGAGGAGACGCCAACUCAACGACAGGUGGAGUAAGUUCCACAUGGACCUGAACGCCUACAAGAAAAAAAUGGAGGAUGCCCUGGUUGUCCACGCGCUCAUCAGAGAACUGGAGGAGGUCCGAGAGCGAGCUAGUGAGAAGAUGCUGCCUCUGCUGGACCAGGACUGCGGCGUGGAUGUGGAGAGCGUGGAGAACCUGAUCAGACGCCACGAGGAGACCGAGAGGGAAAGUAGGGUGAUCCAGGAAAGGUCCAAGAUUCUGGAGAAGGACAUCUGCCACCAGCUGAAGUUUCAGUCUGUGAUGAACGGGAAGCUGCAAGACAAACAGAAGGAGCUUCACAAGACUCUGGAGCUGCUAGACAAGGAGGUCAAGCACAGGAAGGACAAGCUUCAGGAGGCUCAUCAGCUGCAGCUCUUCAAAGCAAACCAUCGCCUCCUACUGGACUGGACGCUUAAACAAAGCAGUGAACUGGCAGAGAAAGCGCUCCCACGGACACGAGCUGAGGCUGACCGGCUCCUUGUGGAGCAUCAGGACCGGAAGACACAGAUAGAUACCCGGGCUGAGCGCAUCAACUGUGUCCAAGACUUUGGCCUCAGUCUGAUCCAGUCAGGCCACAGUUGUCAGGCAGAGAUUCAGAAGGCUCUGAAGAAGUUGGACGAUGCCAAAGAUAGACUGGACCGAGCCUGGGAGAACCGCAGCACAAGGCUGGAGCAAGCGUGCACCCUGCAGGUCUUCCUGGCCUCGGUGGAUCUGUGUGAGAGUUGGAUUAGUAACAUCGAAGCCCUCCUAGCCAAUCAGGAUCUUGGGAGCUCUGUGGUCGAGGUGGAGACCCUGCAGAGGAAGCAGGUCCAGUUUGAGGAAGCGCUGGAUGCUCAGCUGGACCAAGUGGACCAGGUGGAGCAAUUGGCCCAGAAGAUGAUCCAGGAAAAACACUUUGACUCUGACAACAUCAGAGCGAGAAGCAAAGCACUCUUUGCUAAGCAGAGUCAGCUCCAGAAAAAGACCAGCUCUCGUAAUCAAGAUCUGGAACGUUCCUUGCAACUGCAGCACUUCCUGGCCAACAGUUACCAGGUGUGUGCGUGGCUGAAUGAGCGUAACAUAUUGGCAUCUGAUGAGAUAUGGAGGGAACCAAGCAACCUUCAGGCAAAAGUGUUGAAACAUCAAAGUUUCCAGGCAGAAAUCCUAGCCAACCGCUACCGAGUGGACGCUCUCACUGAGGAAGCAGACAAACUGCUGGCUGACGGUGGUGCUCUUGAGGCCAAGGUGAGACCACGACUCAAGGAGGCGACUGAGGCCUGGGCCAUUUUGGUGAGGAACUGUGAGGACAAGAAGAACCGACUACAGGAGGCCUACCAGGCACUGCAGUUCCAGCGCUCCCUGGAUGACCUGGACCAGUUGGUGGACUCAGUGGAAAGGAACAUGGCCAACCAUGACUGCGGGACUGACUUGCCAUCAGUCAACAGGCUCCUGAAGACCCUGCAGGACCUCGAAGACCAGGUUGAUGGACUCCGACCGAGACUGCAGGGUCUGGUAGAGACGGUGGAGAACUUUCACUCGAGGGGAAACUUCCGGGCUGAGGAGCUCCAGAACCGCGUGACCAACACCAUCCACAGGUACAACAGCCUGUCCCAGCCGCUGCAGAGUCGCCGGGAGACGCUGGAGGCCUGGCAGCUCCUGUUCCAGUUCAGCCGUGACCAGGAGGAGGAGCUGGACUGGCUCAGGCAGCGACUGACCACAGUCACCUCCUCUGACUAUGGAGGCUCUCUGACCGGUAGCCAGCAGCUCCUCCAUAAGCACCAGGUGCUGGUGCAGGAGAUCUCCAGCCGUGCCCCAUUGGUCCAAGCAGUCCUCGAGGCAGGGCAUAGCUUGGUCAGAGGUCGCCAUUUUGCGUCGCGUGACAUCCAAGGUCGCGUGGACCAGCUCAAACAACUCCACGGUGACCUGAAGACAGACGCGGAGGCAAAGGGGAAACUCCUCCAGCACGCGAUCAGCAUCCAUGCUUUCCUAGCUGAGGUUUGCGAGCUGCGGGUGUGGCUAGAAGAGCAGCAGCGGGUGUUAGAGAGCGCUGAGGUGGGUCACAGUGAGGAGGCGACGGAAGCUCUGCGCAGGCGUCUGGACGUCAUGGACAUCAACCUGAAAAACCAGAGGACCACUUUUGACCAGCUGCGUGACAGAGGGCGAACUCUGCACCGCCUGCAGCAUCCCAACAGUCACGCGGUCAGCGAGUGUCUUCCGCUCGUGUCGGAUCUCUUCGAGACAAUCGAGCGUCUUAGCGUGUCUCGUCGCUCCGCCCUGGAGGAGCAGCUACGUGUGUUUGUGUUCCACCGCGAGGCCCAAGAACUGCAAACAUGGCUGGACUCCAGGAAGGCAGCGGUGGACUCGCAGGACUGCGGACAAGACCUGGAGGACGUGGAGGUUCUGCAGAAGAAGUUGGAGGUUCUGGUGUCAGAGGUCUCAGGUGUUGGUCGGAAUCGGCUGGCCUUGUUACAGCAGCUCAGUGGAGGCCUGGAGCAGGACAGCCAGACCCGCAGGAGGGACCAAGAGCUGAGUCGACUGUGGGAUGACCUGGAAGAUGCCAUCAGAACUAGAGAACAGAACCUGCAGUCGGCUCGGAAGAUGCACCAGUUCCAUCACGACGCGGACGAGCUGAAGAUCUGGAUGGCCGAGAAGGAGGCCGCGCUGGACUCGGACGAGCAGGACCGGGACCUCGGUGCCGUCCAGACCCGCCUGCAGCAGCACGAGGCUCUGGAGCGAGACCUUGUGCUCAUCUCUGCCGAGGUGACCCGGUUCGGGGAGGCGAGCGCCGCUCUGCGGGGCAGUCUUCCUGGUUCCGAAGGGUCCGUGAGCCGCAGGCUGGACGAUCUUCGGUCGUCCUGCGCGGCCGUCCAGGACAAGGCCCGGCGGCGCCGCGCCGUACUGGUGCAGGCCCACGACGCGCGCAAGUUCUUGGCCCUGUGGGGCCAGCUCAUGACGUGGCUGAGGGAGACGUCGGUGGCGGCGCCGGGCGAAGGCCGGCUCGGAGAGAGUCCGGGUGGCGAUGGGUGCGAAGCGGAUCAGAGCCUGAGGAGGCACCGAGAGUACCGAGUCCACCUGGAGAGACACACCCACAAGACUCGCCACGUCAAGAGUGAAGCUCGGCGCCUCCUGCAGGACGGAAACUUCAUGGCCAAAGAGGUGGAAGAACGUGUGCGUGAGCUGGAGGAUCUUGAGUGUGUGAUUUUGAAGACCUGGGAGGAGACGCAUCGUGCGUACGAGGAGGACCUGGAGCUGAAGCGCCUCCAGAAGGAUCUGGACCAGGCCGAACGCUGGCUCAGCUCCUACGAGGACUCCCUGACCAGCGGCCACUACGGCGAUUCCGUGUCAGACGUGGUUGACCUCCUGAAGCGUCAGGAGGACCUGGAGGCCAUGAUCACUGCGCAGAGCGAAUGCUUCGAUACCCUCCAAAGGAAGACCACGCAGAGAGAAAGGAGGCUUGGUGUCCGUGGAAACGAGGAGAAGGCGAUCCUGGAGAGAAGACCACCGACCAGCAUUUCGUCCUUCAGGAUAGUGUCUGAUCUAAAAACUCCAGGGAUCUCCUCCUCCCGCGUCGGUGACACCAGCGCCGCUUCCAGAACGUCAUGCAGUUGGUCUCGCAGCUCUGACCAGGAGGAGGUGGUUGAGCAGGACACCAGCACCUCCAGACCACAUCUCAGAUCUGAUCACGAGGAUCUCCUUGAGAGACGCCCUCCUGCCAGAACGUCAUCUCUACGGAAGAUGUCUGAUCUAAAAACUCCAGGGAUCUCCUCCUACUCCAGAGUCAGUGAGACCGGCACCUCAUUCAGAACUACUUCCAGUGGGUCUGGCAGUCUUGACCAGGAAGAGAUGGAGGAGGACGCCAGUGCCCUCUGUCCACCUUGCAGAUCUGAUCAUGAGGAUCACCUUGAGAGAAGCCCUCCUGCCAGAGUUCAAUCUCUCCAGAAAGCAUCCAACCCAAAAAUUCCAGAAAUGUCCUCGUUCAAAGUCAGCCAGACCAGCACCUCUUUCAGUACCUCGUCCAGUCCAACUCUCGACUCUGACAAGGCGGAGCUGCCGGAUACAAGACCUACUGCCAGCCGGAAGACGUUCGAUCUAAAAGCUCCACAGAGCUUGUCCUCCUCGCAAGUAAGCGAGACCAGUGCCUCCUCCAGAGUUCCCUCCAAUCCACCUUGGACAUUUGACCAGGAGGAGAAGGUCGAGGAGGACACCAGCCCUUUGGUUCCAUCCGCAAUGACACCUCCUGGACCUCCUCACUCCUCCUCUCUUCGUCCCUCAGUUAAGCCUCCUUUGGCUCCCAAGCCCAGGGUGUCUCCUCCAGCGUGGAGAUGCCGCAGUGAGCCUCCGAUCCACCGGGAGGCUCCUCCCCUCCCGCCUGACUCCCCUGGGCCUAUCAAAGAGCUCCUUGCUCGUCCGACUAGCAGACACCUCCAGGAACAGGAUGCACUCGGCGGACAACUUCCUGAUCUGCUGGAUUCUGCUCAGGUUCCUCCUGAAGAAGAAGCCGAAGAAAAAGCUGCUGAGGCAACAAGCAGGAUGCUGGAGGGAACUCUGGAGAUCAAACUGAAGCGAGGCAGUGGAGGAGGAGGCGGAGCCAAGGGGCGGGGCCACUGGGAGGAAGUGUUUGCCGUGCUGCAGGGAGACCAACUGCGUUUAUUCGAGGACCGAGAGGCCGCCAAACAGGGUGCCACCAGGUGGCCUCCUGUCAUCUUGCCGGGCGCCGUCUGCAAGGAAAACUCCGUUGCUGCUCAAUUCAGGAGCAAAGACAACACAUUUACCGUCACCCUGGACGACGGCUCUCAGUUUGUGUUCGCGGCGUCCUCUCGGGACCUCCGGCAGCUUUGGCUGAAGACGCUGCAGAGCCAAAGUCGUCACAACCCCGCCGACCCCUCGGAGCCCUCCGACCCCUCGAGACGUCACGGACAUGACGAGAGCCCGGAGAGACGAGCGUUCCCGGAGGGCCGAGGCCCCCCCAAGCCCCCCCACACGUACUACCGCACGCACCGCUACCCGCAGGGCGGCGAGGCCCUCGCCGAAGGGCGAGGUGACCCGCCCCCUUCAGUAGCUCCGCCCACGCCGCCGAAGCAGCCCGUCGUCGACGACAACGCUGGCAAAACCAAGAUUUCCGCCUUCCAGCGGUUCUUUACCAAGAAGUAGAACUCUCCGACGAUAACCCGUCUAAAACAUGAGCCACGUUUUCAUCAAGUGCCUUCCUGAUUUCCUAACCAUAACAAUGCGGGUUUUAUUUUAAACCCACCCUUCAUUGUUCACUGAAAACCUCACAUAAUGAAGCAAAAUUUGUGCUUUUAAUUUUAAUUUUGGGGCAAUUUUAAACCUAUUUAAGGGGUUUUGGCAUUAAUUACUCGCAAAUCUUUGCUGUUCAGUCAGCUUGACUUCAAUUGCAGUGUCAAAGCAAUGAAACUUCUCAACUCACUUCAACAAAGCUUAUCAAGUGCCUGAAUGAUUCAUAACAAUAAAACGACAGUACAUUGUUUUGUUUUGACCUAGCCUCUGUUAUUUGUUGAAAAACUCACCAAUUUUGCUGUUUUUGUGCUCAGGACAAACCCCUGUCUAAUACAAAAGCAGUGCCUUGGCGCCAUCCUGUAGCAUAUAUAAGCAAACUUAAAACAUUUUAAAAAUGUUUUUGGCAUUUAUCCAUUAAUCCAUCCAUCCAUUUUCUACCGCUUAUCCGAGGUCGGUUCGUGUGGGCAGUAGCCUCAGCAGGGACACCCAGACUUCCGUCUCCCCAGCCGAUUCAUCCAGCUCUUCCGGGGAAGAACCCGAGACGUUCCCCGGCCAGCCGAAGGACGUAGUCUCUCCAGCGUGUUCUGGGUCGUCCCCGGGUCUCCUCCCAAUGGGACGUGCCCUGAACACCUCACCGGGGAGGUGUCCGAAUCAGAUGCCCCAGCCACCUCAUCUGGCUCCUCUCAAUGCGGAGGAGCAGCGGCUCUACUCUGAGAUCCUGCCGGAUGACCGAGCUUCAUCCCGGCUUGCAUUGCACCUGACCCCUGUAGCCCCUCCCCUAGGUGGUGAGCCCAGGGGAAGGGGGACCCAUGUUACCCUUUCAGGCUGUGCCCGGCCGGGCCCUCCGGGUGCAGGCCCGGCCACCGGGCGCUCGCCUUCGAGCCCCACCGUGAAGGCCGUGACCCGCGUCCGGACAAGGGAAAACAUCUUCCUGAAUUGCUUGUCGUCAUAGGGGUUUUUGGAGCUGUGCUUGGUCUGGUCCCUCACCUUGGCCCUGUUUGCCAUGGGUGACCCUGCCAGGGCCAUAAAGCCCCAGACAACUAAGUUCCUCGGGUCACUGGGACACACAAACCCCUCCACCACGAUAAGGUGACAGCUCGAGGUUUUUUUUCAGCAUUUAUUCCUCGCAAAUUUAAUUACCUUUGUCAAAGUACUACUUAUAUCUAAAUGAAACUCAACUCUCUUCAACAUUGUUCCUCGGAACCAAGAUGCCUCAAAAUGGCGGCAAGGCACUACUUGUGUCUGAAUGGAACUCCUCAACUCACUUCAACAUAGUUCCUUGACACUGAGAUGCCACCAAAAUAAGACUAUGAGCACAGAAACAAGCUAGCAGUUUUCCAGCCAAUAUCAGAGGGCAGGUUAAAAUGUUUUAUUAUUAUUUUUUUUUUUUUAAAUAAGCUGAGUCGUUACAUUUGCCAAAGUCGGACCAUGAAAAUUCAUGCACUCGCUCGAUAGUUAUCAUCCUUAUCAUUAUUAGUAAGACUGCUCCUAAAGAUUUUAUUGAGCGGGCUUUGUGUAUGUCGCUGUCAAUCAAAUAUGGUGGGCGGUGCCAAUGGAACACGCCUGUGUAGUCAUCGGCUCGUGGUCACGUGACCUGUCAUUCAUAAACAUAGAUGAAAGUUGAA